CGUGUGUCAGCUAGCUGUUAGCUGGGGCUAACAGGACCUCGGUGUGCCAGACCUGUAACAGUCCCACACAGACUUCGUUUAUGCCAGGAAACAGCUGUCGUUCGUGUAGAGAGGGGUUCACUGUUCUUGUUUUAUGUCUGUCAAUGUUUAACACCGAAGAGGAUGACGGACUAUGAGGAAAAUCAAGAUAAAUUAACCAGCCCCAAUACAACAGCGAAGCUCCAGGUAAUCUACAGUUGGAGUGCCGUCUUCUGCUAGCUGCAUCCUAAGGAGGAAAGCUCUGAGAUUCUACAAGGACUGGAUGCGGAAGGAGAUAUGAGGCAAGCUCAACAGCUAAUGCUAACUAUGAAUGCCAUUUCACACUUUCAGUGGGAUGUCAAAGUGCCAAAAGAUCAUACAGCUGAAUACCCAGCUGGGGUUAGGGUAGAGAAAAGCAGCAUUGGUAUAGAAAGGGCACAAGAAUAUGCAAGGACUUUCAACCUCCACUGAGAUCUAUAAAUAUCCACGAUACAGAACUGUUGUCCUCAACAAACCAGCCUCGGUCACCAUGCUGUCUAUGUUGGAAGUGCCAUCAUAGAGAGAAGAUACCGUGCCUCAAUCUGCUGCACGGUUUUUUGAGCUCCAGCCUAGGAGGAAGCUUUCCAGCUUUUGUCUAACCCUAAACAGUGGAGAUGGGCUCGCAAGCUUUACAGAUUUUGCGGCAGGGUGUGUGGGCUUCACUCACAGGAGGCUGGUAUGUGGACCCCCAUCAGAGCACAUUCUCCAACUGCAUCCACCUGUACCUGUGGAUCUUUCUCCUGGCCUUCCCCUUUCUUCUGUACAUGGCUCUUCCUCCAAGCUUGGUGGUGGCAGGCGUGUACUCUGCUGUGGUAGCGAUCUUCUUUACCGCCAUUAAGGUGGUUAACUACCGACUUCACGCCAUGUUCGACCUCGGUGAGAUUGUCGAGAAGAAGCAGGCUUCUCUCGCCGCUGACGCCCUGAGGACAGAAGAAGGAGACGAUGGGUCAGGAGCUCAUGAUGGAAAUCAACACAGGUGUGGAGAUAUAAUUGAAAGGGAUGUUGGAGAAUGGCAUUUUUAUACUAACCAGUACUUAUUUUUUUCCUGGGAUAGUCACGUUGGUGUGGAGAUGACCGUUUUUCGGAAGGUUAACUCGACUCCCCCGGUUCGCUGCAGCUCCCAGCAUUCUCUUUUCGGAUUGAACCAAGUGUCGGAGUUUUUGCCCCAGCUUGAGGAUGUAGGAGGAACUACUGAUCUCAAAGAAUUAACACAGGCACAGGGAAGCAAUAAUGUAAUUGUGACUUCGGCCCAUCGUGCGAUUUUACGUCAGAGCUCCCAGGACGCACAAAGGCCCUCCAGUAUGGCCCAGUCCUGCAUCUCUGACUCUCCAGGAGGAGAAUUCCCGGGUCUCAUUGGAGUUCCUGGAGUGUCAUCUGGACCUGAUGAUCCUGGAGGAUGCCUGUCCAUCCCGCCUUCACCUUUAAGUCAAGAAGAUGGAGGUGAGAAGGAACAGCCGAAGGACUUGCCAAAACAAUCAUCUCAACAGAGUACCAAGGACAAUGGGUUGGGAACAUAUUGUCCACUUGGACCCUCUGCCGAAUCUGGAAGCUUAGGUGAUACACCCCUCAGCCCUCUUAUAAAGAGCAGCUUAAGCGAGGAGUUAAGCGAAAACCUCAUGGGUUUGGGUCUGGACCCCGGAGCUUUUGCUCCAGGAACUGAGCACCCAGGCAGUCGCAGUGGGGUAGCUUUGGCUGCGGGGUCCACAGACAGCUGCUUCAGUGCAGGCGGAGCUACCACAGACCGAGAGACACUAAGCACCGUAAGCAGCUACCGCUCUGAGAAAACGGACUCCACUCAGUUAGAAAGUCCAUCGUUGAGCCAGUCGCGGCCUGCGGAUGGACAGACUCCUGCUGCAGCACCAGUGUCAGGUUCUAUUGCUCUGAAAAACACAGAGGAUGCAGCCGGACAGGGUGGCAGUGACACUGACAACCUGUCGGACAGUGUGCUCCUACGCUCCCCUUCCAAAGAGUUGUCCAUCAGCCAGGGCUUAGACCGGACACUUGUUGAGGAGGACUUACCCCCUGCACACUCUGAUAUUGCACAGCCCCCUCCUCUCCAGAACUCUUCCCCUUCAAGUAGUGGCCACUCAGAGGUGUGUGACUUGGACAGAAAAUCUCAUGGUCCUCCUCUCCCCCCACCUCGGCAGGCCAAUUCAGUGCCUUCAGGACUGGCCCUGGGUCUAGUGUGUUCUGAGCCUGCUCUGCCCAUAUCCUCCACCCCAUUGUUACUUUCUGAUCCGCCUGCGCUCCAAGCCCAGCAGGUUGUUCGUCCUAAAGACUUAAAGCUGCUGCGGGCCGGCGGCGGAAACAUGGGCCACAGGCCGGGCCGAAGGAAAGCUCCCAGACGGCGAACAGGAGCGGGCAGCAGCAGUUUCGACUGCGGCUCUUACAGGCGUCACCACAAUCACAGGCAACACGGAGAUUACAUCCCGGUGCGCAGCCGGCUGGGGGCUAAAGCUUACAGCGAAAGUUUGUUUGAGGACUCCAGUGACGAGGACGACGGCAGUGAUAUUAGUGCCGGGUCCAGCCUGGGCUCCCAGCGCAGAUACAGCUCAGACGAGGACAACGACAACGAUGACGACUCGAGUUCCUCUACCUCUUGCUACUCCUCAGACCUCGCCAACAUCAACAUUUCAUCCCUUCUCUCCACUGCUGCUCAACAUCCUGCUCCAAGGGAGGGCGAUUUACCCGAAACCUCCGCCCCCUCUCACUCUCGUGCUGCUCAGCGCUCCUCUAGCACAGCGAGCGCUAAGACUCAUGCGAGGGUACUAAGUAUGGAUGGGGCCGGCGGGGACCAGAGCAACGCAGCGACCACGCCCUCCGCGCUUCUUCCAAUGCCCUCCACGUCCACCCCGGCUCCUCGCACCCUUACUAUGUCUAAGUCUGAUCUGGAAGCCCGGACUAUACACACUGACGGCUUCCCUGUAUGCCAUCGUCAUCAUCGGCUGGAUUCUCUCGGAGGGUCUUGGACCGGCAACCAGAUGGGUUGGAGGGCAGGAGAGCUGGUUGAAGAGGGAGCCGUGGGCGGAGCUUUAGGUCCAGAAGACGGAAGCAAACAUGAAUGCCUGACGAGCGUGAAGAGGACCCAGGCGAUCCGCCGGAGGCACAACGCCGGGAGCAACCCCACACCCCCACCUUCAACAAUGGGAUCGCCUCCCAGCCUCCAAGACCUUCAGCGUGUUCGGACCUCGUCUCAUUCCCGCACCCGCACGCUUCCAUCAGCCUUACAGUUUGCGUCUUCGCUCCUCCUCCCCCGCAGCGGCAUCCACGAGGCCUCCAACUUCGACGACACAUCAGAGGGAGCGGUGCACUAUUUCUACGAUGAAAGUGGAGUGAAGAGAUCAUACACUUUUGGACCGGCUGGAGGUGGUUACGAGGACCCGGUUCAAGAAAGAGAGAGGCAGUCCCAGUCAUCAAGCUUCACCUCCACUGAGGUUCAGGAUGGAGCUCCAGUCCUGUCCAUCCUCCAGCCCAGACCCGUGGUUCUGCAGGGCAUGCAGGUCCGCAGGGUGCCGCUUGAAAUGCCGGAGUUUGACCUUGAUCACGAAUCCCUCCAAGAAUCCCAUGAGAACACUCUGAUGAUUGAGGAGAAAGCCAAGCCUAAGCAGUACUACCGGUUUUGGGUGCUGCCUGGAAAGUGGUUGAGGGUUCGAUACGAUCGACUGGCUCUUCUGGCUCUGUUGGACAGGAAUCGCCGUGUGGGAGAGAACGUGUUUUCGGUGUUGUUGGCCAGCCUGGUGGCCUUCCUGGGGUUUCUGCUCCUGCUUCAGGGCUUUUUCAGGGACAUCUGGGUCUUCCAGUUCUGCUUGGUCAUUGCCAGCUGCCAGUACUCUCUACUGAAGAGCGUACAGCCGGAUGCCGCCUCCCCGAUGCAUGGCCAUAACUGGAUCAUUGUGUACAGUCGGCCUGUUUACUUCUGCUUAUGUUGUGGGAUGAUCUGGAUAUUUGACCUGUCUGGGCGAGCUGGAAGUCUGCAGCCAUUCUCCCUCUAUGGGGUCACUUUCUUCUCUGGACACUUCCUGCUGUGUGUCAGGGACUUGCUUAUUGUUUUUGCCUUGUGCUUUCCGGUCAUUUUCCUGUUUGGGUUGCUACCUCAGGUCAAUACAUUUGUGAUGUGUCUGCUGGAGCAGAUUGACAUGCACAUUUUUGGUGGAACCGCUACUACCAGCCCGCUCUCAUCUCUGUUCAGCCUCAUACGCAGCAUAGUGGUGGCAGCUCUGCUUUAUGGAUUUUGCCUCGGCGCCAUUAAUGCCCCAUGGGGGGAUGCCCAUGUGCCAGUGCUGUUCUCCGUGUUUUGUGGUCUACUUUUGGCCUUGUCUUACCACCUAAGCCGCCAAAGCAGUGACCCAACCAUUCUGUGGUCACUGGUCCGGUCCAAAUUAUUCCCAGAACUGGAGAACAGAACACCAGAAGAUCCCCCUGUGGAAAUCAAAGAUCCUCUCCCUGAGAAGCUGCGUAACUCUGUGAGUGAGAUCCUUCAUUCAGACCUCGUCAUGUGUCCGCUCAUGGCUGUGAUUACCUUCGCCAUCAGUGCCAGCACCGUUUUCAUCGCUCUCCAGCCUGCUCUCAGCUUCGUCUUGUACAUCCUGGCCGGAGUUGUGGGGUUUGUUACACACUAUCUCCUGCCUCAGCUCCGUAAACAGCUGCCAUGGUUCUGCCUUGCACACCCUGUGCUCCGAUCCAGAGAGUACAGCCAGUUUGAAGUCCGAGAUGCUGCUCAGCUGAUGUGGUUUGAGAAGCUUUACGCAUGGCUUCAGUGCGUGGAGAAAUACUUCAUCUACCCAGCAGUGGUGCUGAACUCUCUGACAACCGAAGCCCGAACUGUCGGCCAGAGUCAUAAAGAUCUGGACAUGUACAGCCGAGCUCUCUUCAUCUCAGUCGCAGGAAUGAAGCUGCUGCGCUCAUCCUUCUGCACCCCGUCUCAGCAGUACGUCACGCUGUGCUUCACCACGCUCUUCUUUCACUGCGACUAUCCACACUUCUCGGAGACCUUCCUCAUCGACUACUACUUCAUGUCCAUCGUCUUCAGCAAGAUGUGGGAUCUGCUGUACAAGUUGCGCUUUGUUCUGACUUACAUCGCCCCUUGGCAGAUCACAUGGGGCUCAGCCUUUCACGCUUUUGCUCAACCGUUUGCCGUCCCUCACUCUGCUGUGCUUUUCGUUCAGGCAGUCUUCUCCGCCAUCUUUUCCACGCCCCUCAACCCCGUUCUAGGCAGUGCCGUGUUCGUCACCUCUUACACGAGGCCUGUGAAAUUCUGGGAGCGAGACUACAACACAAAGCGGGUCGACCAUUCGAACACCAGACUCGCCACUCAGUUAGACCGCAACCCAGGCGCCGACGACAACAACUUGAACUCGAUUUUCUACGAGCACCUGACGCGCUCUCUGCAGCACAGCCUGUGUGGCGACCUGCUGCUCGGUCGCUGGGGCAACUACAGCACGGGCGACUGCUUCAUCCUGGCGUCGGAUUACCUCAACGCUCUGGUGCACAUCAUCGAGAUCGGCAACGGCCUCGUCACCUUCCAGCUGCGUGGGCUGGAGUUCAGAGGUACGUACUGUCAGCAGAGGGAGGUAGAGGCCAUCACAGAGGGGGUGGAGGAGGACGAAGGCUGCUGCUGCUGCGAACCAGGUCAUCUGCCGCAGAUGUUGUCCUUCAACGCUGCGUUUGGACAACGCUGGCUGGCCUGGGAAGUGGCCGCCACCAAGUAUGUUCUGGAGGGCUACAGCAUCAGCGACAAUAACGCAGCCUCCAUGUUGCAAGUGUUCGACCUGCGCAAGAUUCUCAUCACCUAUUAUGUGAAGAGCAUCAUCUACUAUGUGAGUCGGUCCCCGAAGCUUGAGGAGUGGCUGGCGAACGAGGCGAUCCAGGAGGCCCUGCGGCCGUGCCUUGCCCCCAACUACGUGGACAGCGACCCCACCUUCAACUUGAACAUCGACGAGGACUACGACCACCGAGCCUCGGGCAUCACCCCCUCCUCAUUCAGCAUGGUUUACCUCGACUGGAUUCAGUACUGCAACAGCAGGCGCCAAACGCCGGUAACUUGUGAGAGAGAUUCCCCACUCGUCAACCUGUGUUUUGGCCUUUGUAUCCUGGGAAGAAGAGCUCUGGGCACAGCAUCUCACAGCAUGUCUGCAAGUUUGGAGCCGUUCCUCUACGGCCUGCAUGCGCUCUUCAAAGGAGAUUUCCGCAUCACGUCGCCCAGGGACGAGUGGGUGUUUGCGGACAUGGACCUGCUGAAUCGAGUUGUGGCGCCAGGAGUCCGAAUGUCCCUCAAACUGCAUCAGGAUCAUUUUACGUCUCCAGAUGAGUACGAGGAUCCGAUGGUUCUGUAUGAUGCAAUCACUGGCAACGAAGAAAAGAUGCUGAUUUCCCAUGAAGGUGACCCGGUGUGGCGCAGCGCCAUCCUGGCCAACAUGCCGUCACUGCUGGCGCUGCGACACAUCAUGGAUGACGGCAGCGACGAGUACAAGAUCAUCAUGCUCAACAAGAGAUUCCUCAGCUUCAGAGUCAUCAAGGUGAACAGAGAAUGUGUGCGUGGGCUGUGGGCCGGCCAACAGCAGGAGCUGGUUUUCCUGCGUAACCGUAACCCAGAGCGAGGGAGCAUUCAGAACGCCAAACAAGCCCUGAGGAAUAUGAUCAACUCCUCCUGCGAUCAGCCCAUUGGUUACCCGAUAUACGUGUCCCCGCUCACCACCUCGUACGCCGGGGGUCACGGCCAGCUCCGGUCGGUGUGGGGCGGCCCGGUCAGCCCGCACAACAUCUACACAUGGCUCAUCAGCAGCUGGGAUCGGCUGCAGAAAGGCUGCGGCGCCGGCUGUAACAGUGGCGGAAACAUCGAGGAUUCAGACUGCGGAGGAGGCUCCACUUCCAUCUCCACUAACCCAGCCAUUCACACCACGCAGAGCACGCCGGCCUCCGGCCUGCCACAGCCGCACAUCACCACUGUCCAGCCCUCCAUGGGUACAGACAACCCCGCAGGCCCGACCCAGAGCUGGCCCCACCAUCCCCAGCCUCUCCCAUUGGCUCUGCUCAGCCAGUCCGAGAGCAGGAUGGAGGCUGGCCUGCUGUCCUCUCUGCAGCGGACGUCCUCCAUCCAGGGGCUCCUGGGCCAGCAGCUCUCCAGCUCCCAGCUCUCCUUCAGCAGCUCCGUGGUUCCGCCGCCUCUGCCCGCCCCGGAACGGUUCUGCCCGGCAGCCCUGCUGGAGAACUCGGGCCACAGGUUGAGCCACAGGAGCGGCCUGCACUACGAGAGCCACUUUGGCAAGUGGAGCUUUUCAGGCAGGAAGGGCUUUAACGGGCCGGCCGCCGUGGAGAUGGAAGGAGGGCCGGUACAGACGAUACGCACACAGCCUCCUCCUCCUUCAGCGCCACCGCAGGAGGCCGGUAUCAGACACGACCCACUCGGAGCCACUCAGAGGCUGGACCGGUCUCUGCUGGAUUCAGGUGGCUACGGCUGUAUUUGAAGCUCCGGCUUCAAAAGAGGAAUCCACAGAGCUGCCUUUACUCGAUUAACUCCGCUGACUUUUGCACUGGCGACAUUUUCUACGACGAAAGCACACCGUGGGACCCAGUCGGCCCCACCCUGACCGGACGCAUUCCAGCCGCUUCGGGACCCAUUCCAUCGAUCCCCGCCUGAAUCUGGGAGCAAAAACGUCCCCGGCGCAGCCGGAGCGGCUCAACGUGCGGCAGAAUUUAGCCAACUUCACAAGUCGGGUUUCAUCAUGACAUCUGAUCAUCUACCUUUUUUUUUUUUUUUGUGUUUCUUCGGACAACCUUUGGGUUGUAACAGAAAUGACAGGCCAAAAAGGCCAGUGCAAUUAAAAGGGAUAUUUUGCUUCAGGAGUGCUUAUUUUUCUACACCAGAGAAAAGAAUCUAGCGUCUGACUGUCUUUUACUCGACAGAUGCAGUGACAAGUGUUUCUUUUUCAUCGAUUUAAAAAGAAAAAAAAAGAGAGAUCAGUAGGUUACUGUACCUGACGUGUGGAAACCAUGAAAAGCCUUGUUUAGUUUCCCCCCCCCCCAGUUACUGCGUCCUACUGGACCUGCGGCCGAGCGUCGAUAUCUGAUGGAGCGCAUUGACAAACUUCAGGAGCCUCCGCGGUGCCUCUCUCCACCGCACGCCGCGUGGAAACAGAAAUAACACCCAGUCCUCUGAGGAGCGCGGCCAGAUCAGCAGUUAACAAAGACGUCCUCCCUCACCCAGACCGACGGGCGGUGCGCCAGCGGCUAGUUUACAGAUUAUUUAGAAGUCCUGAGUUGAACGGUGGAGAUGUGGAAGACGGAAUGGGCCAAACGGAGGCUCCUCUGUCUGAAAAGCCUGGGGCUUGAAAACCCACGAACUGGGAGUUAGAAAUGUCAAACCUUUUUUGUUUCAGUGGGUUGGGUGUCCUUUCUUUGUUUUUUGUCUUGUUUUGUUUUUUGUUUUUUUACUUGAAGAAUCCCAAGUUCCUCAGUGACUUAAAAACACACUGAGUUUUCUUUUUGUUUGAUAAAAGAUCAAUAAAAGCCUGACUGGUUAGAUCCAGCCGGCUGUCGGCUCUCCAGAUAGCAGGGAUUCAUGCUGCUCAGUGUGGGGAGCAGCGCUUCCUCUCCCGUUACUGUACUACUGCUUCUGCAUCCCCCUGCUACUACUAAUGUACCCACUACUACUACUGCUGUUUCCUUCGCAGUUAAAUCCAGCGUUAUAGUUGGAACAUUACACCGCGGAACAAACGGUAAAAGCAAAGGCGAAAUAUUUAUUUGACUAACGUUGUCUUACUGAUUAUCUUUUAUGAGCGGGGCUGUCUAUGUGGUGUGCUGAUGUAUUUGCCUUCUGUCAAUUGCAUCCUCUCUCUCCCAUCAGCUUGUCUAAAAAAUGCAUCACCAAUACCAAGAGUUUUGUUUAAAGGGAUAGUUUGCAUAUUUGAAGUGGGAUUUUGGAAGCACUUUUGACCAGUGUUUAUCUUAUUUUGAGACUAAUCAAAGUUUUGAACUCGCUUCUCGGUAUUAAUUUUAACUGCGCAUAAAAUAUUUUCUUUCUAGCCUCUCUGACUUCAGUGGUCAAUAAUUAUUUACAUCAAGAUUAAAGGCAACAUCACAGUAUUUUUAUUCAUUUAAAAUGGGAGCAAAAUGAUUACUGGGUUAACAUUUUAAACUGGAUUUAGCAUCUAAUGUAGCAAAAACCAGUCAGCCCAGUCUGUGUGUACAUUCUAGAGAAAACAGAUCUUUCACACUUAGAUUUCUACAAGGCUGCUUACAUUUUCAGACCCAGUAUGUAUUUAGGACAAAUUUGCAGUUAUCCUCUUAUCUUCCUCUUAUCCCUUUAAGUCUUGCUCUCUCUCGCUUUCCCGCAGCCCGAGAGAAUAAAUCGUCACGUCAACAUAUCGCAGCUUCUUGCAUCUCUGCACUUAAUUGCUAAUUUCUUAUUCAUUUUUAGUCGUAUUCACUCAAUAACCACCUCUACACGGAAGAGUGUAGUUGUUGAGCUUUGAUCAUGAUCGAGGAUCAUCCGAUUCAAUUCACCCUCUUUUUUUUUUGUGCAUCACCAACUUCUUUAGGUAAUAUCGGAUCAUUCCUCUUGAGUAUCGGGGAGGUUUUAAUGGAGAAACCAAACUUAUAAAAAACUCUAAAGAAAUGAGUAAAUCUCAGUUUAAAGUUGGUAAAGAACAUUCUUCUUUUUUUUUUUUUUUUUAAGUGGAUCAUUGUUCAAAAAGUGAUUUGGAUUACGCUCUGUUUGUGAAACAUGUUGGGACUGAAAUCAAGUUACAGAGGAGAGUUUAAUCUACUGUCCAUCAGUGCUUCACACAAAACCAUCUCCAAAUAAACAAAUCGUCUCUUUACGCCUGUAGCGUGACUGGAAAUAUUCCUGAGAACUCAAAUUUAGCUUUUCUCCUUUCCACUUCUUUUUUUCUUCUCUCUCUCUCUCUUUUUUACCGCUGUGAAAACCUGCGAGUUUUAAUGGGUUGCAGGUAAACAUGAAACAAGACACAGAACCUGGCAGAUGUUCUCCUCCCCGCCGCAGCGCCCAGCUGUCGGCUCUCUGCAGUGUUUGUAACGUUGUGCCAUAGCAUUAAUUGCCAGAUCCUGGUUUGCUCACAAAUUAAUUUCUCUGAUUUUUUUCUCUUUUUUUUUUUUUUUUUCCCCUCUGUGGGAAACUUGAAAGAAGACAAGCGUUCUCAGGAUUUAACAUUUUGGUGGGAGGAAAGAAAAUUAAGAGGGAUUUAAGAUCUUUUUUUAAUUAUUAUUUGAGUCGGGUGGCUUGAAUUAGGCUCUGGUCGAAAACUGGAUAUUGGAGGCAAAUUUGACGCUUAGAAUUAAAAAUAGAGUUUUAAAGUAAAGGUCACUUAGUGUGUGGGUUGGGAACUGGGUCACACUGGUGUCACAAUUCUUCAUGGCGUUUGAGAAAUCACUCUCUUCGCUUUCGUCUUUGCUCCACUUUAAGCUCCUUACAGAUUUUUUUUUUCUUUCUUUUUUUAAUUUAAUCUUUUGAGCAGCCCUGAGAAUUUUUGUAAAUUUGCUGCGAGGAACCUUGUACAGCAUCUCUCCCAGGACUUGGUAACAACACUCUCAACUCAGGAAAUACAGACUUCUCGAUCAGUGCUGUUUUUUUUGUUUUGUUUUGUUGUUUUUUUUAAUAUAAUUUGCAUCCAAAGCAACGGGGAAUUUUUCUGUCUUUUUUUUUUGUUGUUCUUUAUUCUUCUUUGUUGGGAGACGGGAAAGCACAAGCUAACAGGCAGACCUGGGUGUCCAAAAGGGAUUUCUGAAUCUCUAGAUCUAUGUACAGCAUGUUUGCUAUAUGAAUAUAUAUUUAAAAUAUAAAUCUAUUUUAUUAUUGGGUUGUUUUUUUUUUGGUUUUUCUUCUCCAUCAAUGACACUAUGUGCGAAAGGGUGAGACUCUGGAUUUAACUCAACCUGAAGAGCUGAAAUGUGCAGUUCGGGAAGAAUCACUUAUUACUUCUUUUGCACACGAUUUCAUCGUCCAUCAUCCCAGUUUUUGAUUUUGAACAUUUUUGGGAAGGUGGUCUUUUAUUUAAGAACUUUAAGUCAUUGUUCUGUACAGUUUUUUAUGUGACUUUUUUUUUCUUCUAUUUAAAUUAAAGUUUUUGUCUUUCUUU